AUGGACAAUAUGAUGCCUCAAAAGGCCUUCAUUUUGGAUGUUACUGAUAACACUGAACACCAAGGACCGUCUGAGGUAAUUAAAACCCACAUUCGAACAGAUCUGUCCUCAGUGGUGGAUAGGAACUCUGCUAUGUACAAAGACAGUUUUGCUUCACCUGUUGGAAGACCAAGUAAGCUUACAGGUCUUCAGGAGGACAUCACUGGUCCUAGCCACAGUGCCUUAAUAACAAAUAGUUCAGUUAUGAGUGAACUUCCUCAGCCAAUAUUGAAUGUUAGUGCAAAGGAAUGGAAGGUGUAUCCAGAACCAAUAUUUACUGGGAAGAUUCAAAGAGAUGGAACUUAUGACUUGUCUUCACAGGAAUUAAAAACAGAACCAACUUCUCCAACCAGGAAAGCUCUUUCCUGUCUCCGAGUGACUAUCUCUCCAAAAGAAGACCUAAAUAUAUCUUCUGUAAUGAUGACAACAGGGACAGGUAAUGAUGCUAAGACACUUAGAUUGUCAUCUGCAAUGGCAAAGAAUGAGCAAGUCUCAGGUCCCGAGCUGUCAACUGUCCCACCAGGCAGUCCCUACUUUCUACAUUAUCCUCCAAGUCAAGGAGAGGGUGGAACCAAAAGUGAAGAUAAUGUCCAAAUAGAAGAUAAAGAAAACAUUCCAGACAAAGCAACCAUAAAAGAUCAAAGGCGAUUGACAUUGUUUGAUGCCACUACACAGAUAACAACAGAAAGUCCAGAGAAGACCACCUUUUCUGCUGAGAUUUUAUAUUGAUGGUUCAUUGAAAGAAGCCUCCAGUUCUACUUCCGUACAGACCCAAAAGACUCCAGAGAGGCAACCCACCACCCCUUUCUCCUCACUUUCCCGAGCAACUGAUCAGCCUUUGUUGUUGCCGUACAGACCACCAGGGAGCCCCGAAUUGUUCUACAUACCAGUUAUGGAUGGCGCUUCUAGAAUGUCUCCCGUCAGCACUAUUGAGAGUUCCCACACAGGCUCCAACGAUGCCGUUCCACCAAAGUUCCCCUCCGAAGUUUUGGGCUCCACCACAGAGAAAACCUCUGACACCUCCAUCCCCCACCACAAAGACGGCAUCUACAGCAAGGAUCACAGUCCGAAGAUCGCAUGGCAGGACAAUGCAGCAGAGAGGAGGAGGACGCUGGUGACAGGAUCAUUUCAUGAUGACAAUAAAGCAUCAUACUGCAGUCUCCAGCACACAGUCUCCAGUCCUGAGAAGGCAUCAAGAGACCUUCCAAGGGAGAAGAGAGACCUGCGUUCAGCACAUGAGGAUGAGGAGUUUUUUCCAUUAAAUCCAGAGGUUGAUGAUGCUCCAGAGCAACAUGCAAGUAUGGGCUCACUAAAGAAAAUGGAUUAUCGUGGCCGUGGUUCUGAUAUCACUGAUUAUCCUAGAAGAAGAGGCAAGCAGGAACAGGCACGUGGCACUCCGCUUCAUUCACCCAAUGCAAGUUGGGAUUCCAAAUUUGGUAUGAGAGAAAAACACGUGAGAUAUGAAGAUCGUGGCUUCUCUAAUGAUCACCCCACCAAUCCCACCAACAGCUUCCAAAGGUCAGAGUCCACUCUUAGUCAGAGCGCCAUCUCCAACCAGAGCCUAGAUGACCUCUGGGCGCGAUAUACUGACCGGCGGAAAAGCCAUUUGUCAGAAUCAAGCAGUAAGCUGGAGGCCUCCCUGGUUGAGCGGCUGGACCGUCUCGCUAGACUUUUACAGAAUCCAAAGCCAUACUCGGCUACUAAAGAUGAAAAGGAUGGAGACCAUGCCCUAAAGUUCAACAAGAAAGUCCAUGAGAAAGGACGGGAGACCAAGAAAGAAGAGAGGGAAAAAUGGUACCUGAAGAAAUUUGGAGUGGACACUCUGCUGGUUAAUGGGACUUCAGAAAACCAAGAUGGCUCCAUAAGCAGGUUAUCAGAGACGGCUUCUUCUGAGAAGGUUCUCAGUGGUGGCUUGUUGUAUUCUGAUUUCUCCUCCGAGAUAAGGAGUGGUGUCACAGAAGAGAGCCCCGUUGGAUCAGAAGCUGCCACUGGUAGUGCAUCAACAUGUGCCACAGACAGUACCAUAUCCACUAUAGACACAGUCAGACUCAUCAACGCUUUUGGACCAGAGAGAGUUCGACCUUCAUCAAAGCUCUCACGACUCUACAACACCAUCGACCUCCAGAAGAAACGCUCAGAAGGGACCUCAAAAAAAGCAAGCCGGUUGUCUGCAAGCGGGGGGAAACUCAAAGAUAGAGAUGAAAGAUCUCCAUAAAAGCCUCAAUAAGAUGGCAGAUACAGACUCCGUCUCAUCCGGCAGCUCGUGGGAACCAGCGAUAAGGAGAAAAGAUGGCUGCAAAGUGCUGAACAAAGGCAUCCAAGCAGGGGAUCUGGAAAUUGUGACCAGCGCAACCAAGAGACACACCCGAGAUGUCGGGACAACAUUCCCGUCCCCAAGAGGGGAGAUGCUGAAGCCCUCAGGAGAGUGGGACGUGCCUGCAUACAGGGGCAGUGGUGUCAGAAGGGUGAAGACCAAGCAGCAUAUUCCACCAGGGCUGAGCUGGUUUGUCGCAGCCGUUGAUAUGAAGUGUGACUCUCCGAAGGAAAAUAAGCUGAGCGGUCCUGGCCCUGCCUGGUACGAGUCCGUGACAAACGCCAAACCAUGGAGAGAACCCCUGCGAGAGAGAAACCAACAGGGCCCGGCCAUCAGGAGAGGGGAGAGCCUGAUCAACGGUUCAGAGCUUGGCAAAGAUAAUAAAACGGUGCAACCGUUUGUCAGGGCCACCCUGCAGGAGUUACUGAAGGCGCACCGGCCAGAUUUCAUCUUCCAAUCGGGGGAGAGGGUGAAACGUUUACAGCUGCUCACCAAGGAGAGGAAACUGCAGAGCAUCUUCCAGAGCGAGAGAGAGGAACUCUUCAACCAGCCGGACAGAAGAGGGAGGCCCCCCCACCACACUUCAUAUAAAGAAUCCAGAACAUCCCAGAAGAUGAAAAGCAUCCCCAAGAGAGAGAUGGUGCAGAGAUCCAAGAGGCUAUACGAGCAGCUUCCCGAAAUAAAGAAGAGGAAGGAGGAGGAGAAGAGGAAGUCCGAGUAUGAAACGUACCGGCUGAAAGCUCAGCUCUUCCGAAAGAAAGUGACCAACCACAUCCUGGGCAGGAAAACUCCCUGGAACUGA